GCGAGCAGGCAGCGGUGGCGGCGGCACGCGGGGGCACGGGACUCCUGGCGCGGCAGCGGGCACCGAUGGGCACCUUCUCCCUCCGGGGCUCGGCUCCGUUCGGAGGGCCUCUGCCGGUUUAAAGGUCUUUAAAGGGACUGGCUUCACCUUGCCAAGAUGGUGGACACCGAGAGCCAGAUCUGCCCACUCUCUCCACUGGAUGAUGACGAUCUGGAAAGCCCGCUCUCUGAAGAGUUCCUCCAAGAGAUGGGGAGCAUCCAGGAGAUCUCUCCAUCCAUCGGGGAUGACAGCUCCGGGGCCUUCGGUUUCACAGACUACCAUUGCUUGGGAAGUGGUCCAGGGUCCGACGGGUCUGUCAUAACAGAUACCCUUUCACCGGCGUCCAGCCCUUCAUCUGUGAAUUACACCCCAGUGGCGGGCAGCGUGGACGACUCCUCCAGUGCCACGUUAAACAUCGAGUGCCGGAUUUGUGGGGACAAAGCCUCUGGCUACCAUUAUGGGGUGCAUGCCUGUGAAGGCUGUAAGGGGUUUUUCCGGAGGACCAUUCGCCUUAAGUUGGCCUAUGAUAAGUGUGACCGCAGCUGUAAAAUUCAAAAAAAGAAUCGUAAUAAGUGUCAAUAUUGCCGUUUCCAGAAGUGCCUUUCAGUUGGAAUGUCACACAAUGCCAUCCGUUUUGGGAGAAUGCCGAGGUCUGAAAAAGCAAAAUUAAAAGCAGAGAUUCUUACGUGUGAGCACGAUGUAGAAGACUCGGAAAUUGCAGAUCUGAAGUCUCUUGCCAAGCGCAUUUAUGAAGCCUACCUGAAAAACUUUAACAUGAACAAGAUCAAGGCCAGAAUCAUCCUGGCAGGGAAAGCCAGCAACAACCCACCUUUUGUCAUACAUGACAUGGAAACCCUGUGCAUGGCAGAAAAGACAUUAGUGGCCAAGCUGGUGGCCAAUGGGAUCCAGAAUAAGGAAGCAGAGGUCCGGAUAUUCCACUGCUGCCAAUGUACUUCCGUAGAGACUGUCACGGAGCUGACGGAGUUUGCUAAAUCAAUCCCCGGCUUCGCGAAUCUAGACCUGAACGAUCAGGUGACUUUGUUAAAGUACGGGGUCUAUGAAGCCAUAUUUGCAAUGUUGUCAUCAGUAAUGAACAAAGAUGGGAUGUUAGUGGCCUAUGGAAACGGUUUCAUAACCCGCGAAUUCCUGAAAAGUUUAAGAAAACCAUUUUGUGACAUCAUGGAACCUAAAUUUGAUUUUGCAAUGAAAUUCAAUGCCUUGGAACUGGAUGAUAGCGACAUUUCCCUUUUUGUGGCUGCUAUAAUUUGCUGUGGAGAUCGGCCGGGCCUCUUGAACGUGGGACACAUUGAGAGAAUGCAGGAGAGUAUCGUGCACGUGCUCCAGCUUCACCUGCAGAACAACCAUCCCGACGACACCUUCCUUUUCCCCAAGCUGCUGCAGAAGAUGGCAGACCUUCGGCAGCUGGUCACGGAGCACGCGCAGCUGGUGCAGGUCAUCAAAAAGACUGAGUCUGAUGCCGCUCUGCAUCCUUUACUGCAAGAAAUCUACAGGGAUAUGUAUUGAGUUUUUUAGGUGUGUUUUUUUUAAGACAGAACUUUUCCAGAUAUUUAAAGCCAACAGAAAUAUUAAUGUUAGAUGGGAGCAAAAAGACUUUGCACAAAUGUCAGCUGUGUUUUAAUCCUAGAGCAUGGAAAUCAAUCAUGAUCUAGACAGCUGAAAUACCACAUUUCUAUUGGUUUUUGAAACAGUAUUUCAGAGUUUGCCAAGAGUAUCCAAAAGCUGAUGAUGAGAGGGGUCUUGGAUAGUAGGGUAGAAUUGGGGGAUUCCGUCUGAUUCUGUUAAGGCACAUGGUUUUGAUCAAUGCAAAUUUAUUUAUAUUAUGUUAGUGAUUUAGCAUUUGGUUAAUUGGUAACCUCAUAAUAAGGACUUUGCUCUGCUCACCACCUUUGGGUUCUCGUGCUCAUUCUAUGCUAGUCUGGAUAACAAUGGCCCUUCCUGAGAAGGCCCUCAAGUCAGAAUUGGGGUGGAUGGAAGGAAAGGGCUGGGGUGCUCGAAAAGCAGCAAAGGGUUUCUUAGAAAGACUUCAUUUCCAUCAGAAUUUCAAUGAAGAUAGUGGCACUUUUUUAAUGAAGUUCUUUUCGAAAGGCUUUUUAAAAAGUUUUUAAAUAGACAUUCAAAGAUCCACUGGUCAUACUAGAUCCCCACCUUGGCAGUUGAGAUUGUGCCAGCCAGUCAGAUUUGUAUAACGAACUCCAGGUCGCCCUUCUCCAGUCCAAUUCAGAAAGUACUGGUUUGCAGAAUCUAGAAGGCUUACAGUGUUUAACAUCACAAAUUCUGAAACUGCUUCUUGGGGCGGCGAGAGCUUGGAGUGACAGCUGAAUCUCAGACUCUUGUUAGGGCUAGAAAGGAUCUCAUUAUCUCAUCUUACAGUUGGCAAACUGAAACUCCUGGGAGAGGGGCUUCUUCCAACUCUGCCCCUCCCAUCUCCCCCUCCCGAGCCAUUCAAUCUUCCUCCCGGGAUCCAGCCAGCACUGGGCUCUUCCCUGUUCUUCACUCUUCCCAUCUGGGCUCUUCCUGGUCACAUCUCCCCUCACUAACGCUUAUGAGCCAUUCCUUCUCCCGGCCCUCUUGAAUCUCUCCUCUCUCUGGAGCCAUCUUCCCCUGAGAUGAGCCAGUAUGUCUCGGGCUCGGUUGGCCGUGGGCCUAGGGAUUCAUUCUUAAUGUCCCAUCUGCCUUUUCCCCUUGUCUGGUAGUUUCUUUGGUACUUUUUUCUAUGACUUUUUAACUUUUUUUUUUUAGUAACAAAAACUCCCUAGUGGAGAAAAUGAAGCCAAUUUGAUUUAGGUGGUCUGGCCAACCUAACUUAGGACCAUACACUUCACUAACAGAAAUGACCUGAGGAAAUGUGGAGGUUCUUCACAGUAGACAGUGGUUUCUGCUUCCUUCCCAGGGUUUAACGACAAGUUAGUUAAUUUGGAGAGAUAUGGAGCGGGCCUGGCCUCCCAGGCUCACUGUUUCCAGUAGCCACAGGAAUGAUGAUCACAAGAUUUAAAGCUCAUCCUACAUUUGGGGUUAUCCAAAACACCCUGGAUUGAAGAUGUCUUCUCCCGAUAUACUAGUUCUAAUAAGCAGCCUUCAGAGCUUCUUGUCUGCUAGAGUACCUGAUGCCAGAAUACUGCCUCUUGAUCUUGUUUCUGCCAGUUCAGGCUUCCGAGAGGCAAAGCACUUCCUUUUCCGACCCUGAGCACUGGAACCCACGGAGACCUUGCUGCUUGUGAACAUGCGCUACUUGGGUUCCUUUCCCCUCAGUCCAUUUUCACCAGUCAUAUUCGAGUCAGAGUGUCAGCAUCAGCAAUGCUUGAGGUCUCAUCAACCACUUAUUUGAGGAUGGGGUCUUGUCAGGAGUUCUGCUAAGGACGAACCUUAAAUAAUGUUACAGAGAAGAAGCAUCCAAUGUAAAGGAAGUUCCAGCUUAAAUUCUUGACUUAAACUCAAUUUGUAGAUCCGGGGCUGUAAGAGACCUUAGAGGCCUCCUAACCUCAUCCCCUCAUUCUACAGAGGAGAAAAUGGAGACCCAGUGAGACAAAGAGACUUCCUUGCACAGAAAUAGGUCUUGAGGCUUCUGUUUCUGCCUCCAGCUUUCCCCAGACUUUCCUUGGCCCGACCACUGGCCAGAGCCUCAAUCCUUCUUCCAUGCUGAGUGAACAGUGGAACAGCUCUGGUCUCCAGGGGUCUAAGAUCCAGCAAGGCUUCCCUCCCCACAGGACUCCUGGAAGACAAGAUUCAAGGGAAGCCAUUCAUCUCCAGCUCUGCCUCCUGCAGAGCCGAGCACAGGAGCAUGGACCAUCAUCUCCUUUCUGCAAGCUCUCCUUCUGGGCCUACUGUGGAAGAGGUCUGGGAAUGCACCCAUCACGCUGGGAAUUCCAGUCCACAGCCAGAUUCUUCCCGUCCCGUCUCCAUCAGAGUUGGAUUUAACACCAGGACAAUUAUAUGAUUCAAAAUCACAAAACAAAGCCCGGCUUAUUGUCCCUCUCCCAGACCUUUAUUCCCAUGAACACCUCUUUGACCUGACACUGUGUAGAGAGAGGUGGCUGCUGAUGCUGAGCACUAAAGACUGAACCACCCACAGUCCCUACUUUUUUUUUUAACCACAGUAUCUUCAUUUUCUUUUAAAGGACAGAAUUUGUAUCUCAGCCCCUAAAAAAAAAAGUCCUAGUCCAGUUUCCAUCGGUUCAGACUUUCUUUCUCUGAAAGGCAGAAUUUAUUAAGUAUUCGGUAACCCAAGAAGACAGAACCUUGGAACUUCAUGGCUGGGCCCACCACCCUCAAGUUUAUGGGGACCAGAGGGAGCUGACCUGUCAGGAGCCCAGGCGUGGCCUCCAGGGAUUUUUCAGCCAUUCCUCAUGGGGUCCAUCGUGGAGCACAAGCAACAAGUGCAGCCCAACCUUUUCCCGAUUUCAUCACAAGACCUUGCGUUCUGGUGCAGUCCAGUAGUACCUCAGAAGAUGCUUACAAAUAGGCAGUGCUUAGCAGUGAGGCACUGAAAGUUGACUUUUAUUUUUUUACAGUCCUUCCUCCACAGGCCCAGAUGCUGAGCAGGCCCCUCUGUCCUCUGAGCCAUUGACUCCCUUCCCCUUCCCAAAUCCAAGAGCCUCCCCCCAGGAAGAACAGGGGCUCACCAGAAGAAGCUGAUGGGGAGCAGCUCAGAGAAAGCUCACAAAGCAAGACCCAAAAUGCCCUACUUUCCAAGUAGAGAUGCCGAGCAACAGGACAGCUCGAGGGGUCCCCAAAGACAGGUCUUACCUGCCUCCCACUUUCAGAUUGAUGCUCAUGUCAAAGGCUGGUCUUAGCCUUCCAGCCAAGGGCCAAGGCUCCACGGCUCAGGUCAGCCUCAGCUCUCUCACUGCCAUCUAUCCUGGGAGCUGAUGAGUGAGUGGAAGCUUCCUCGUCACUUAGCUUUCUUCUUUUGUUUUCUUGUACAAUCGUUUAUGGGGGUUAGACAGACUCAUCUCUGAGAGAGGUGGGCUGAUCUGUCCGCUCACUCCAACUCCCACCUCCUUCCCCGUCGAGUCCCCAUAGGCCCUCGGCCCAGGAAGGGAAGAAGCCAAAUCGUUGUCCUAGUGCCGGACGCUCAGGGUUCUGUUGGCUGUCGACAGCGUGAUGGUCUUGGGCUCUGCGCCCGAGAGGACCCUAGAGGGGGACAUCGACUGCCAUCUUGGGUGCAUCCCGAGCACCAGGCUGUGGUCUUGAUCUGAGCUGUGGCACUUCUGAGCUCGUCUCCCAGGGCCGCCUGCUUCCCAGAAGGCGAUAAAGAAAAGCCUUUGUUACACAGGGGCCGGCCCCAAAGUGGAGGUCACUUGCCUGCUGGAUCCUGCCCUCCCCACAUACAGAGCAGGGCAGGAACAAGGACAAAGGAGCAGUUUGCUUCACCAGCCAUUUCGGAGGUAACGAGAAGGCACCAUUUCUUGCAGUCACACCACCAACUCAAUGCCCACAAAACAGCCCAGAGGAAAACCAAUGGCUAACAAGCCUGGGCUCCCUCCUUUGUUUCCACUGCUUUUAAUUCCUCCCUGGUCACAGGGUGCAGCCUUGGGGGGGAGGCAGCCAUAGGGGAACAGGAAGGAAGCUGUGCUCUGCCUUGGGUCCUCCCCUCUCGGCAUCUGUGCCCCCAAAGUGGGUUGGAGGAGCUCUCCCUUUCUGCUCUGAAAACGUCACUGCAAUAGAAACACUCUCCAGCAACAAGAAUCCGUCCUUUCAUUUGACCAAGUUUCCAGUGAGUCCCUUUUCACAAACUGAAUGGCCGGGUUUCUCGAGCCAUUCAUCCCACUAAAGCUCCUGACGAGCCCAGAAGGAAAGGAAUCCCCUUGUAAAACACUAUCUCUGUGUAAUGAGCAUCUGGUCUUGAGCCUGCCAGAAGAUUGCUGUGUGUGAGAGACACUAACUGAGGGCCAUUUCCCAGGGGCUCCGUGUCUCUGGCCUCCAGAGUAGUCCAGUGGAGCCCCAGAAGCUUCUAGGAAGGCUGGAAAUUCUAGAACCACAACCGGGAUGAUGUCCAAAAAGUGACUGGGAGUGUCUAGAUUGCACUAGUGAGAAGAGGCAGCCACCCGACUCCUGCACAGCCCCAGUGGGGCUCAGUCUUUCCCAGCUCCCUAACGUUUUUAUCCUGCUCCCUCUCCAUCCCGGACGGCAUCUCAGACCAGUGAUGUCUUGUAAUGUCAGGUCAAAAACAUAGGAGGAAUGAAGUUUAGUGACUUGAGAUCCUCAAACUGGAAGCUGCUAAAGAUCAGCCAGUCCAAGCUCUUUAUUUUACAGACAAGGACACUGGGGCUAGGGGAGGCUGGCCCAACGUCACAAAGAUGAUGGCUGAGACUCCAUUCUCUCCACGCUACCUUCUGCGCUCUCAAGCAGGUCCUUUUAGAGCAUUUCCCAGGCAGCACUUCAGUGGGUGACAUGAGUUUCACAGGGAGUUAUUCACAGGGAAGUCAGGCCAUGCUUGGGGGGUGUCUCAGAAGGCUUGGAGCACUACUGAGUGCCUUCACAGUCCACAUUUAACCUUUCCCGACCUUAGGAGUUGCAUUCAUGAGCUCAUACUGGCCAGAAAGAGGAAGGCUAUGCUUCCACUAUAUGCAAUGAAACUCCACCACCACAGAGGUGCGCCCUGUCUACAAUGGCUCAGGAAGGCCUUUUCUUUCUCGUGCCCUGGGCUGGGACUCCUGUGAAAACUGUGCUUGCCUCCAGGGGUGGAGGGAGAGCUGCCCAACUCUUCAUCUCUUCCACUUUUUUGUGCCUUGGAAGACUGGGUGGCCCUAGUACUGGAGAGCUACAGGCCAAGAAAUGCAGGCAACAUCACAUCUUGGUGACCUUCUGGGAAGACCUGGGGUCUCUAGGUCCUAGGCGCUACUGCUCAGGUAGGGCUCUGCCUCCACUCCCCCCACCUCACCUACACAAAUCGGUUGCUAGAGAGCAUAAACCUAGUUUCGAAGCACUUGGAGCAAGCUCUGCUGAUCAUUUCAAAGGGAAUUCCCUUUUUUAAUAUGGCAGCAGUGCCCAGUGCAGGAAAAAUUGUGAGUGCUUCUGAGUGUGUCCAUGAAUGUAUGCAUUAUGACUGACUGAAUGAGCAAAUAAAUGAAGGCUUCACUUAAGCAUUUUCUCUAAUGCCCUUAAGAGUGCCCUUCAAAACUGAUGUGGUGAGCUAUCUCUAAACCCUUUCCAUGCCCUUCUAAUGGAAAACCCAUCUGGAGGGACACUGCACUACUACAGUAAUAUUUGGGUCAUUUUACAAAUCCCAUAAUGCAAAGGUACUUUAAUCAACCAAAGUAAUAUCUGUGAUAUAUGACACUUUUAAAUCUGUGUCUUCUGUGAAUUCUUAGGAUGUCAAUAAAGGUACGUGGUUUUCUGCAAGAUCAGAAAUACAAAGUGGGUGGAACAAAACAAAGUUCUGGUCAUUUUGAUUUAAAAGCAAUUUCAUUUCUUUUUAAAUUAAAGCUCCCCCCUUCAAAUAACAGGCAUUAAUUUUCUUUCUUCACUUCCCUUUCUCCCCCAGUGAGGUGGAGGGGGGGAAGAAAUUCUUGUAACAAAUAUUCAAUGAAGCAAAAUAUAUCUUCACAUUGGUCAAAUCUCACUGUGGAUCUACAGUCCAUCCAAAUCCAUCGGGAGGUAGGCAGCACAUUUCAACCUUGGUCCUUCGGCAUCACAAUCGGUCAUCGCAUUGACCUGAAAUCUAAAACUUUUCAAAGUUCUUGCUCUUUAUAAUGUUGUUCCUGUACACAACAUUCUCCUGGGUCUGCUCACUUCUCCCUGUAUCGGUUCAGAUGGGUCUUCCCAGGUUUCUCUUAUUUCUUGAUGUACAAGAGUAGUCUAUUACCUUCGUAUCCCAUCAUUUGGGGCAUUCCCCAAAGGAUGGUCUAAUUCUUUGCCCCCCCCCAGGAAAGUUUCUAUCCACAUUUUGGUACAUUUAGUAUUUUUCUUCUCCCUUUGAUCUCUGAGAUAUAAGCUAAGUAAGGCUAAUACUGCUGGGUCAGAGAGCAUGCAUGCAUAGUGACUUUUCAGCAUAGUUCCAAAUCGCUUUCUAGAAUGGCUGGUCCAUUCUCCACUAACAAGUUAUAACUGGACCUCUUUUCCCAUAGUCCCUCCAAAAUUUGCCGUUUUGCUCCUUUGCUAACUUUGCCAAUCUCAUGAGUAUGAAGAAUAACCUCUAAGGUGUAUUUCUCUAUUCGUGAUUUGAAGCAUUGUUCACAUGGCUGUUGAAAGCUCAUAUUUCUUCUCUUGAGAAUUAACUUCACAUCUCAUUUAACCAUCUGUCGAUGGGGAAUUACCUCUUCUUAUUCUAAAUUUGAGUCAACUCCUUAUACAUCUUGGAAAUAAGACCUUUAUUAGGAAACAUUUCAUUUCUACUUAGCAACCCUGAAUUUAUUUUCGUCUUAAUCUGUCACAUGAAUUUCGGCGUCUGGCCCGUAGUCGGCACUUAAUCAAGGGUCACUGGCCAACUAACCCGGGCAAGUUCUGUCACUUUGAAUCGCCAGUUCUUUCUCUUCAUCUGCUGAACAACAAUGCUUCCUUUCACUAAAUGCUGUUUGCCUAACAAAAAUGACCCAAACAUCUUAAGGGUUCUCUUUCAUUGCUGCUGAUAACUGUAUCGAGUAUUCUUACCAAAGAAAGCUGUCACCUGUAGAGGCUGAUUCACUUAUAUCUCCCUGCUCAGUAAUUAAGAGGGAAGAGCCCGGAAUUGUGACUGCGGGUACCACUAGUGAACCUCAUCAAGUUUUUGGGUCAUAGUGCCAUGUUGCCAAAGGCAGUGUUUGCUCCCUGGUGUCUUGGCCCUUUUUUCUGGUGACUCACAAAAAUGCCCAUGUUUCUCUUCACUUCCAGGACCUAUAGGACCUGGUAGAAAUUACCAAUUUCCAGAGCAUAGCAUUGAAUUUUAUUUCUCGAUAUGUUUGUGUUUCUCUCAAGUGCCUUUACUGCCUGAAAAUGUCAGUUUGGUUAAGGCUGUUCAUUCAUAACACUACUAAACAGGGAGAAUUCAAAAGGAGCAACUACUGAUGAACCUUCCUGUAUAACCCCACUAACUCAGGUGAAUGUCUCCAGUGUUCUUGGAUGACAGCAGGACGGGGAUGGAACGGGGCUAAAAUGAAAUGUUCUCGGACCUCAGGAAAGCCUCGAGGGCCAAUUUGCUGUUUAAAACUUGUUUAAGGGAGAAGGAAUGAGGAAGAGAGAUAGCCUUUUUCUAUUCCCAGGGAUGGAGCAUGGGUGCCUCCUGUCUGGGAGAGCAGAAACAAGUCAAGAGCCAUUUUCAAUUUUGUAUUUUUUGUUAUGAGCUUUCAUUCACUAAGAAGGGACUGAACUGAGAGUAUCCACUAAUGAUUUUAUAGCUUGACUUUAUAGGAACUUAUGUUCUUGGGAUGUCAUACUGUAAGACUGAUGAAUGUAAAGAGCUAAUUUCAAGGUACAGUUUGCCUUAAAAGGUUUUUAAAAGAAUAAACUAUUUUUAAAAGUCA